AUGAUGUUCAAAAGGAAGAAACCAAAUGUAGAACUCUGUGAUUAUUUUGAGAACUACGAGAAGGCUGAUGAGAAUGCGUUAUUGCCUCCUGGUGAUUUGAAGGAGUUUGGUAUGGAUCGAGGAUGGUGUCCUUACUUUCUUGCGAGGCGUAUGGUUCAUUUCGCAAAUGUUAUUGUUUGUAGCUACCAGUAUUUACUGGAUCCUAAGGUUGGUGGAGUUAUAUGCAAGGAGUUACAGAAGGAGACUGUUGUAGUGUUUGACGAGGCGCAUAGUAUAGAUAAUGUGUGUGUUGAAGCACUCAGCGUCAGUGUGAGGAGGUCUACACUCCAAGGAGCUACUCGAAAUCUUAAUAAGAUUAAGCAAGAAAUUGAUAGAAGGUUCAAGGAGACAGAUGCAGAAAGAUUGCAAGCUGAAUACAACCGCCUGGUUGAGGGGUUAGCACUGAGAGAGGACUUAUCUGAAACUGAUCAAUGGCUUGCAAACCCUGCAUUGCCCCAUGAUAUUCUAAAGGAGCCUGUCCCAGGAAAUAUUAGACGGGCUGACCAUUUUCACGAUCUUUUACGCCGAUUACUUCAGCACUUGGGAGGGCGGCUUGAUACUGAGAACGCGGAGAAAGAACGCACUGUCAGCUUUGUAUCGUCGCUUAAUUCUCAGGCUAGAAUUGAGCAGAAAACACUGAAGUUCUGCUAUGAACGGCUCCAGUUUCUCAUGUUAACCCUUGAAAUUACGGACACAGAUGAGUUUUUGCCUAUCAAGACAGUGUGCAACUUUGCAACUCUUGUUGGGACAUAUGCAAGAGGCUUUUCUAUCAUCAUUGAGCUUUACGACGAAAGAAUGCCUCAUAUACCAGAUCCUAUACUGCAGUUGAGCUGUCAUGAUGCGUCUCUGGCUAUAAAACCGGUCUUUGAUCGUUUCCAAUCAGUAGUGAUUACAUCAGGAAGCCUGAGCCCAAUCGAUCUGUAUCCACGUCUGCUUAGUUUCAAUCCUGUUGUUAGUCGAAGCUUUAAGAUGUCAAUGACACGAGACUGCAUUUGCCCCAUGGUUUUAACUCGAGGAAGUGAUCAGCUUCCUAUUAGCACAAAGUUUGACAUGAGAAGUGAUCCUGGUGUUGUGAGGAAUUAUGGAAAGCUUCUGGUGGAGAUGGUAUCUGUCGUUCCUGAUGGAGUUGUCUGUUUCUUUGUCAGUUACUCAUACAUGGAAGACAUUAUCGAUACAUGGAAUGAAACUGGAAUUUUGAAGGAAAUAAUGCAACAGAAACUUGUCUUCUUUGAAACGGAAGAUGUUGUAGACACAACAUUGGCACUAGAGAAUUAUCGAAAGGCUUGCGAUAGCGGAAGAGGCGGAGUUAUGUGUACAAUGUAUUUUAACUGCAGAGGAAAAGUUGCUGAAGGUAUCGAUUUUUAUCGUCAUUAUGGAAGACUGGUUAUAAUGUAUGGAGUUCCGUUUCAAUAUACGUUAAGCAAGAUUUUACUAGCAAGGUUGGAGUAUUUGCGUGAUGCAUUUCAAAUAAAAGAAGGCGACUUCCUAUUUUUUGAUGCCUCGAGGCAAGCAGCUCAAUGUGUAGGACGAGUAAUCCGGCCCAAGGAUGAUUAUGGGAUGAUGAUAUUUGCAGACAAGAGAUAUAGUGGCAUUGAUAUGCGGUCCAAGUUACCCGGUUGGAUACUUUCACAUCUCCGUGAUUCGCACUUGAAUCUAAGCACUGACAUGGCUGUCCUCAUUUCCCGAGAGGUAAACCCAAAAUCAUUACUUAUUCCUCAAGAAACCGAAAAGUCUCUUAACACAAGAAGAAUUGGAGAAGAUGGCUGA